CUCUGCAUGCUUUUUCAACGACAAAUGUUCUGCGCACCGUGUAUUGAGAAGUUUAGCUAGCAGUUUAAAUUCAGGCAUAGCACGUGUUUGUAAUUCGUUUUAUGUCAAGUGUUAUUUAUUUUUAAUAUUAAUUACUGUCUGAUAUAUGAUUUAAUUCAUAAAGAAAAUGCCACGUUCUACAAGAGAUUCAGAAGAAAAUGUAGAUCCAAAGCCCGGUCGCAAGACUCGUUUAACUGAUGAACUCGCAGUCGAUUCAUCACUUCGUCGCAGCUCUCGAAUUAAAACAGUUAAGCAAAAUGAAUCCUCACCCGAAUCAUUUUCAAGUAAUAGUAGUAACGUUAAUAAUACCCAGACAAGAGUAACAAGAAACCGAACGGGUACAAUGGAUAAUAUUACUACAACUGAAAAACAAAGGCCCUUACGUUCUAGGAUGAAUUCUAUAUCUUCAAAUGUUAGUGAAGAUACAAAAAAUGAUGCUAAUACUAUGACACCAACUAAAAGAAAUAGAAAUAGUAUUAUGGGUGAUGUGUUUAACAAAACUGAUAAUCGAAGAAAUACACGAUUUACAAGAGCUGGUUCAGAGUCAAAAACACCACCAAUGCGAGUUACACGUAAUACCAGAGCCAGUUCCAUGGAACCUGAAAGCGUUGAAGAAAAUAAGCAUAUGGAUAAAAAUGAGUGUGAAUUUAUACAUACAUCCAAUAAGAUAAAAAGACGAACAUCAAUAGUACCUUCAGAAACUACUGUUGUAGAGGAGAAAGAAGAGAUUAUGAAAAUUCUAGUGGUGGCAUUAGAUCGCACAUUACCUAAUGUUAGCGAAGUUAAAGAAAUGGGUUUAAACAAUUCUCUUAAAUCAGCCCAGAAACAUGAAUCAAUGUCAAAUGCAGAAGAUAAUUUUGACGCAAGUUGCAAUGUUGUGAAUGAGAAAAGCAUAAAAGAUAUUAGUGGGACGCCAACUGAGGUUGAUGAAGAAGUAUCAAAAAAAGAAGAAUUGAAAGAAGAAGAAUCUGCGCAUGAUUCAUCAACGUUAAAACAUAAAUCUACAGAAAAAUCAGGAUCAGAUGAACAAAAAUCCGAGUCCAUUCAAGAAACAUGCAAUAAGAAUCCAGGAAAUGAAGCUGUAGAAGAGACGCCAAUUGAGCUUAAUGAAGAAGAACUGAAAGAAGAGGAAUUUGCGAGUGAUUCAUCAACGUUAAAAAACAAAUCUACUGAGAAACCAGGAUCGGAUGAACAAAAAUCCGAGUCCAUUCAAGAAACAUGCAAUAAGAAUCAAGAAAAUGAUGCUGUUGAAGAUAAUGAUUCUGGCAUAACUGCAGGGAAUUUAUUUCAAGAUAUUCCAUCUGCUGAAUGGAAAAAAAAGAAUGAUGAUACUGAUAAGAAUUCAAUACAUUCAAUGUCAACAGAGAGACUUGAAACUGAAAUGGAAACUGAAUGCGAUCUUGUUUUAGUUGACAGAGAAGCAUGGUUGGCUGCUGAAAAUAUCAAAACAGCAAAAGAGAAAGAAGCCUCUGAUUAUAACUCGGAUGAUACUGUUCUGUUAAAAAUGCAAAGGGAUUCUGUAAAAGCACAGAAGAAUGAAAAAAUGAAAAUGAAUAAAUCAGUAGACAAGAUGAAUGAUAGUAAAGACACAAGUAUAAAUGAAAAUGACAUAGAUAACGAAGCGACAAAUAUGAAAGAUUUUAAGGAUGAAACAGAAAAUGAAAAUCAGGAAUGGAAUGAGCAUUCCACUUCUAAACAUAAUGUUUCGAGUUGGAAAUCACCUGAAAGAAAAAAUUUAAACAAAUCUCAUAAAACAAUGGAAGCGGAAGAGAAUUUGUCCAAAAGUAUUACAAAAAAACGAAAAUCGCUUAACAAGUUAACCUCUAAAGUAGAUGUAAGCAGGAAAUCCUUAAAUAAAUCUAUUCAAAAAGAAAUGGAAGGUGAAAGUGUCAUAAAUAAAUCAGCUAGAAAAGAUAAAGAGAAACGGUCCUUAAAUAUUUCUUCAAGAAAACAAAGAAACUGUAUAGAAGAAUCUGAAAAUGAAUCUAAAGAUUCCAGUAUUUCUGAAAAGAAGAGUAAUGCUGAAAAGAAAUUCAGUAGAAAGCGUUCAGCAAUAAGGACCAUUGAAUCAGAUUCUGAUGAUAGUAAAAGUGAAUCUGGUAAUUCAGAAAAUAAAACUAUAGAGUUACCUAAAUUUAUGUUAGAUGAAGCAUCUAAUAUUGAUAGUAACGAAUCUGAUAAAAGUAUGGACUCGGAUAUUGAAAAAGAAUACAAUCUUGCUGGUAAAGAGAUUUCUAAGUUUUCCGAUGAUGAUGUACGAGGAGACGAAUGCAGAGCAUCAGAAACGGAAUCAUCAGAUCCAGAAGAUAAUGGAUCAGAUCUUGACGAUUUUAUUGUUGAUGAUGUUGAAGAAGAUGAGGAAAGUGAAGGAGAAGGAGAGAAGGUCAAUGAAGAAAGUGAAGACGAAGGAGAGAAAGCCAAUGAAGAAAGUGAAGACGAAGGAGAGAAAGCCAAUGAAGAAAUUGAAAUUGAAGAAAGUGAAGGAGAAGAAGAGAAGGUCAAUGAAGAAAGUGAAGAAGAAGGAGAGAAAGUAAAUGAAGAAAUUGAAAUUGAAGAAUUACAUACUGAUGAAGACACUGAAAAAAGUCAGGAAAAAAAAAUAAAAGAACAAGACGAAGCAAUGCAAGUGCAAGAACCAGAUGCAAUUGAUGACAAAAUAAAAGAAGGUAUGACUGAAGAAGAAUCACAAAAUAAGAAUGAACGAGAAAAUAUUGAAGAAGAUGUAGAUAAAUUAAUAGAUACCUCUAGCAAACAAAAAAACAAAUUAGAGAUAUCUGAUCGUUUAAGCACGACUCAAACUAGCAGGAAGAAAAAGCUUAAAAAAGUAGAUAUAUCUCAAAGCGAAAAAAGUGAAGAUGAGAACAACUUAUCCGAUUUAUCGUUAUCAAAUGCUCUUAAAAUGAAAACAACAAAACAGAAAAAGCACGCUUCAAGUGAAUUUAUACUUGAGGAUAUAGAGUUGUCAUUUAAUGAUUCUCAAUCAAUAUUUAAUAAACGAAAUCAGAAACUUAGUAAAUCAAUGAUAAAAUGCAGUACACCUAAAAGUCAUUAUUUACCUAAGUCAAAUAGGUUUGAUGACAGCAUAAAGACACAAAAUACAAAUGAUGGUAAAGUAAAUGCUUCUUUGGAUAUAGAUAAAAUUGAGGAUACAAGUUUAAAAACAAAAGACACUUUUAAAAAAUUAGGUAAAAUAAAAAGUAAAGAGAAUCUGGUAGAUAAACGUUUUUCAUGUGGAUUAGAGGAAUUGGUGGAAAAAACGAAAUUUUCAAAACCACUGUCUCCUAAAAUAGCAAACUUAAAUAAGUCGAAUUUAGUUCCCGAUAGUGACACACCAACAACAAAAUAUUUGAAAAAAGACAAAUUAAAUGAAAGUGCACCAGUAUUAAAGUUGAACACUGUAUUUAAAAAAUUAGUAGAUGCCAAUGAUAAUGAUGAACAGAAUAAUGCAUUGAACCAGCUCAAAGAAGAAAGUGAAAACGUUAAUACACCAAAUUCAGAGACAUCUUAUUUAGUACUAGACUUAGAUACUUCGUUAAAACAGAAAGUUCUCAGUGUAGCCGACAAUAUUUUAAAAGUCGACCGUCGGAAAAAGCAUAAAAAACGAAAACAAACAGCGGAGAAAAGUAAUGCUACUAUAUUAAUUGAAGACAGUUUUUUUGAAGAUAUAGAAUCACAAAUCGUAAAUGAAGAUAAAAAUGUUGUUUCUACCAUUGAUACUGAUAAAAAUAAAAAGUUUGAAGAGGUAUCUUUAAAUGAAGAGAAGAAGAAAGAGAAAAAGAAGAAGAAACAAAAAAUAGCACAUAUUGAUAUUAAUAAAGAUGUAGAAGAAGAAGAAUUACACGAAGAAGUCACUGAUACGAAGAUAAAAAUUGCUAAGAAACCUAAAAAAGUAAAGAAGAAACAGGAAAAAGAAAUAACUGAAGAUCUUCCAGAUAUUUGUUCAGAAAAUCAAGUAUCAGGAAAGAAGAAAAAAAAGAAGAAAAUUUCAGAAGCCUUGUUAAAUGAAGAAAUUCCAACUACCAGGAUAUCUAAGAAAACACAAAAAUUAUCAAAAGACAUUGCUGUGCAGAAUGAUGAAACAGCAGUUAACAAAUUGCCUAAGAAAAAGAAAAAAUUAGUGUCGGAAGAUGCUUCUUCACAAGAAAAAAUUUUAACUAAUAAAUUACCUAAGAAGAAACAAAAUGUAUCACCAAAUGAUACUUCACAAGAUAAAAACAUUUCAGCUAAAAAAUUGUUAAAGAAACAGAAGAUACAAAAAGAGGCAGAAGAUACAAAAAGUGAAGUAAAACCUGUUAAAAAAUCUAAUAAAUCACAACAAUCUACGGACAUAGUGCCGGAUUCAGAUGAAGGACCAACAUUCGUUAAAUUUUCUGAACCACUAAAGGAAGCAUUAAAAGUUACUGAUAGUAUAAAAAUUAAUAAAGAAAAGGAAAAGAAGAAAGAAAAAAAAAGAACGCAAGAAAUAGAACUUGAAAAUGAAAAACCAAAAUCCAAAAAGCAAAAAAUUAAAGAUAAUAAAGUAGAAAGUACAAGGGGUAUUAAACGACUAUCUGUUGAACUGCUUGAAAAUUUUUCUGACGUUCCAUCGAAACCACUGAAAAAGAGGAAAUUAUCAAAGAUAAAAGAUCAAAUAUUAUCAUCCCCUUCAAUGUUUAAUUUAAAUGCUAAAGAAGUAGAAAAUGUAUAUGUGGAAGAAGAUUUCGAGUCGUUAAGUUCCUGUGGAAGUACAACUCAGUUCGCUGUUGUAAACAUGCAAAAAAUGAAGAAGAAAAAGAAAAUUCGAGGCGUAGUUUCGUUUAAGCGAAAAAUGAUCGCUACAGAUUCAAGGCAACCUGCAUCUGCUCAUUUAAUGUAUUUAAAGAAACAUUGAUAUCGAAGUUUCAAUUUACUUUUUUUUUUUGAAACA